CAAUAAGAAAGUCACAUUACCGUCACGUGACUAAUUACGCAUGUUUUGUUGACGUUUUGUGGUUUCCGGUUUUAAAAAUAAAAUAAGAAAAUGGUGACAUCAAGAGUCCUUUUCCGAGGUCUUUCAACCUUACGAAGGCAAUUUCCCACCAGAGUUGUAUCCACAGCUGCUGUUAAGUCAAGACCCCUGUCCAGCCUUUUGAGACAAUCAACACACCAACCACACACAUUGCCGAAUGCUUCUAGCCAUACACGGACACUGUGCACUAAAGGAGAAGGAAUGAUAAUCAAUAUACAGGAUGAAAAGGAUUUUGAAGACAGAGUUAUAAACAGUGAUAAGCCAGUUGUGGCAGAUUUUCAUGCAACUUGGUGUGGACCGUGUAAGAUACUAGGACCUAGGCUGGAGGCAAUUAUUGGAGGAAAGAAAGGCAAAGUGGUUCUUGCAAAGAUUGAUGUGGAUGAUAAUAUGGAGGUUGCCUCGAAAUAUAAAAUAAGCUCAAUACCCACUGUGAUUGGAUUCAAAAACCAAAAGCCAUUUGGACAGUUUAUUGGUCUUCAAGAUGAUGAUCAGAUAGACACAUUCAUUGAAAAGCUUAUGGGAUAGAUACAGACAAGUGUUUGGAAUAAAGCUUGCAUUUAUUGUAUCCAUCCAUGUAUUGUAUUUAUAUUUUAGUAUAUUUUGACUGAAAAUAUAAACAUUUGUUUACACUGGUAACUUUAUACUGAUGCUAAAACUCCUGUAGUAUUUUUUUUUUAUAGUUUUAACUCCAAUAGACAAAAGAGUUGAUAUUUAUACUGAGCGCAGUUGUUAUUUAUAGUUUUUACACCAAAUGGCAAUAAAGUGGAUAAUUAUAAUGAGCGCAGCUCUUUCAGUGAGGUAGAAAAAAAAUCCAAUUAGGGAAUUGUAUUCGUAAUUCAGUUCAUUCUCAGUUUCCAUGGUUAACAAUAAGUUAACUAGCUUUUUUUGUAAACUAAGUACACAUUUUGCUUGCUAGCUUGUCUUGUGUUUCGAAGCAAAAAUAGGUGAGGUAUUGUUAUAGCCAUUGGUGUUGUUGGCGUUGUCAAAGUGCAAAAAAACUUACCUUGGACAUUACUCUGUUAAAAAAUGUUACUCAAUUACCAUUCAAAUCAGAAUGGGUAAACAUUUUACCAAGACAAUAAACACAUGUAUAGAAACACCCAUAACUAUGACUUUAUCUUAUCUUGAUAAAAUGAUUGUCAACGAAAUCAAGAUAAUGUUCAAAUAUGGCUUACUACUAACUAGACGAAAUAAAGGAAAGUUAGAAA